AUGGAAAUUCUUACAGUCACGGCUACCUUGACAUAUUGGAUACCCUCAUCUCAUGCAUCACGAUCUUCAUGCCCGGCUGGAAGCGACUUCCCUCCAGGCACAAUAUCUCCAUACAUGCUCGUCCCAAUCUCCAAAUCCGAGCCCAAUAAAGCCUUCGGCGGAGUAAGCACAGGCAUUGUUACACCAAACGAUAAAUGCACCAUCGUAGAUCUCAAGGUCCCCGACUACGUCGACGGCGAACCAACCCUUCUAAAAACCUGCACGCUUUCCUUCGCAUUUCCAACGGCUGAGCAAGCUGCUCCACACACAGUUGGAUUCUCUGGACCGGGUCAUUUUACCUUCACCGGAUACCUGACGGGAUUUGGCGCCGACGAUAGCACGACGUAUAACAACCAGCCAAUUCUUGGACCGAGCCCACCGUUUCCUCCGCCGGUCAUUGUGCCGGGAAGUACGUAUACGAUCGCGACUUUGCCCUGCGGUAUCUUGCCAGGGAGUGGUGGACAAACUGUCAGCGGGGCGCUUUGUUCGAGCGAUACGAGUCUGCAGUGGUUUCAGGCUGGACCGGAUGGUGAUGGAAGUUGCCCGCUUGGGUUUUUUGUGGUGGUUAGUUAGAAGUGAGGGCAAUCGACAGUGAGACGUCUCAUUUCCUACAUAAUCGGUAUUAACCCCCCUAUGCACUCUAAUCCCAUUC